CGUAUCAUCAUCAUCAUCUCAACUGAGAGAAGCUCCGAAUAAAGAGGAAGAAAACGAAGAACAAUUCUUGAAUUCAAAUCGUGGGCACGGUUCUUGGAUUCGAGAACUAAGUCAAGAAUUUUGGACAACUAGAAAGUACAGCGGAGAUAUAUAUCUACAUUCGGGGUUGUGUUGGAGUGCAAUUUGGUUUGGUGAUGGAUCACUCGCUGUGGGGGCAUUUGCCAUUGCUGGUGAGGGCCAACUCCAAGGAGUCAGUUGAAUACAUUCUUCAAGCCUUGUGGAGGACCCGCAACACCGGUCUCGACGCCGCCGACCGCCACAUCAUCUGCGACAUGCUCCAACUCCCCAACGACUCCGACCUCUCUCUCUCUCUCUCUCUCUCUCUCUCUCUCUCUCUCUCUCUCUCUCUCUCUCUCUCUCUCUCACACACACACACACACACACACACAUAUUGUUCGUCAAGCUGAAUGAAUAAGGAAAAAUUAUUGCCUUGGUAAAUAGCUUUUGAGUACGAAUGGUUCUCUAUUUAUGUCUUUUUUCGGCGGCGGGUAUGCGUGUUAUAUGGAGCCAAUGAAAUUAGAUAGUAUAGGAAAGAAGUUCGACGGAGAAUAAAACGCGCAUUGCAUUCGACAGUGGGAGGUGAGCAAACUUGAAAAAGUCCGGUGAGUGUAUUCUUUUAACAUGUAUGGAAAACUUGUGAGACCGAUCCUGGAUAAAUUGUUCAAUGCCUCUGGGGCAAGGCUGAGCACGAAUCUGGACCACACAUUUGUGUUGUUUGGUUCAAGAUAUGCUCGAACUUGAGAUGGUUCCUUCCCCAUCCCUUCUAUUUCUAUCCGAAUAAGUGUGUGUAGGUUGUGCUGAUUGAUUGGGUGGAUUUAGGAGCAAGAUGUUGUUGUGACAUCCAUUUGGAAUCCAUGCAUUUUUAUUGCUGGUUAUUUUCAAAAUUAAUCAGUAUGUUGAACGAAGAAAUUGUACUGUUUGUAUCAUCAUCUGCUAGUAUAUCUUAUAGUAACAUCCUAGCUGGCUCCCCCAUUUUUUCACCCAAAAAAGGACUCUCUCUCUCUCUCUCCUAAUGGUUAUGGUGUCCUCUUUCGCAGCUUAUAGGCACAUCAUAAACAGUUUAAACUAGACAAGGUAAAACCUAUCAGAUGGCAACAUUAUUCACAUCCAAAUGAAGAAUUGUAUGGUUAUUUGACUCCAGGAGUCCAGGAAGUACAUAUCCGAGUUGUCAUUUGAUUUCACUAUCCGCGGUUGCAUCAUCUUUAAUUGGUGUAGCAUAGCAUUGCAUUUGAUUCAACUAUUCGUGUUGAUAUUUAUCAUGUUCCACAAGCCAUGCAUAUAAUAUACCAAGGGUUCUCCAAUUUCUUUAAGCUAGCAACAAACAAAUACGUAAGCUGAUAAGCAGGAAAAUUCUGAGCUUGCGAGUUAUAUAUAUAUUAGGGAACUAUGCUAAACUACACAUAGCUGAAUACAAUUUACUUUUUCCUUUGAAGCUUUUGGUUUGCCUUCGCAUGCUUAUGCGCAGGUGUGUUUAUGAGAAUAUCAAUAAGGACGAGAUUCAGAAGCUGUUUCCUAAUGAGGUCCUUCCUGAAUAUCAAAGAUUAUUGACACUCCUGCUGCAAAAGUUUCAAAGGGAAUGGCGGGAAGAUGUGCAAAAGGACCAGGUUAACUUUCCCCGCUUAAAGGCCAUGACGUGGAAUAUGGCAAACCAGGGCAUAGAAUUGACAGACCCUGUUGCAGUUAUCAAUUUGAAGCUUCAAAAUGACACACAAUCCAAUGCUGGAGAGAUGGAUGUAAAGUUUCAGUUGGCUAAAGAUACCUUGGAAACAAUGUUGAGGUCCAUGUCCUGUAUAAGAGACCAGUUAUCCGAUGAUGUUGAAGCAUCACACAGACAUGUAUCCCAAGAGACAAAUAUGGUUUAGUUCUGAUACACUCAACUUGAAGAUUGAGAUGGAAGUUUUUGAAAGUUGGGUUCCUGUCAGUAUAUGAAAGAAGUAGGACCAAGUCGAAAUCAAUGCAGCCGAUGCAAGCAGAGCAUCCCUUGGAUUGUAACAGUGAAGAUACAAACUAGUAGUUGUUUAGGGCCUUAGGCACAUGAAUGGACCUGAUUCUAAAAUAAGGAGCUUUAAAUAUUUAGGCUCUCUUCUGUGUACCAUUCCACAGUUGUUGCUUUAGGCUGCGUUUUAGUCAUGAAUAUGUUGAGGAUUUGUCAUGGUAAAAAAAAAAUGAUAGGAAAGCAUUAAAAUGGAUUUGCCUUUUCACUUCAUGAUAUUGUUCAUCUUUCAUCCGUCAGAAAUUCUUGUUUUUCGUUCUUCUUUAUCUUAUGGGUGAUUUUAGUACAUGUGGUCACCACAAAAGAGGUACAACCACGAUAGAGGAAAACAUGAUCAAAUCUCGUGACCGUUGGUCAAAGAUUACACCUCUUUGAUUAGACCCAAUAGUAAUGUCUAUUCAUUUCAUCUUCAUAGUCACACCUUUUAGUAUGGUUAUGUCUGUUCAUUUAAUCUGAAUAGAGACAUCAAUCUUUUGCAUUUAAAUUCAAUGGUCACAUUUAGUCAUUUAACUUGAAUGAAUAGACACACCUUUUAGAUUAAAACUGUUUAUUUGGUCUUUAUUUUUCACGAUUCAUAUUUCUCUGACAUUCCACUCUAAUCACUUUUCCUAUAGAUACUGUAAUAGUAAAAUUAAAUACUCUGUAUUUGAUAAUACUAACUUUUCCCAUAGACGUGCAGGGCCUGGGGAUGAUGCCAAGCACCCAUGCCAAGCGGGGUGCAAAGCGGCAUUCAUCUCAACAAUCGACGGCUCGAAUCUUGACCGAGCAAUGGACGAUUUAUAUCUGUAUGCGCUCAAAUUCAAUCUGUGUCGUCUGUGUCAAGAUGAACGGCCAGAUCGACCACUUGGCAAGAGGUGCUUGGCAGCAUCCCCAUUCCAGAGGUCCAACCGUCCAGGUUUGGUGUAAAAAGAAAAAGGUGCAGUAAUCCUUGCAAAUGGAGACUACUUUCACCUGGUUUUUGCAUUGGAAAACAGAAGACUCGGUACAUCAACGUUUCAGACAAAUCAAAUAUACGAGGCACACAAGAAGAGAACUUCCAUUAUUUUAUUUUAUCUACAAAAGGGCGCGCACUGGAGGAGUUUCUCUCACAACAAUUACAAAGAGCUUCUUUCCCUGUGUGACACACCACCUCCUACCAGCCUCCAGUUAAACUGUCACAGAGAUCACACACAAAAAAACAGGUCAAUAACUAAGAGUCCAUCAGUCAUCAGUGGGCAUGAGAACCGAAAACUUAUGGUACAUUUCAAACCCUGCUGUUCUCUGGCAGUGGCAAAACACCAUCAAAGAAAUCGCCAAAGUAACCCCGAGGCUCGUGUACUAGCUUUGAGAUUAUGUCUCUGAGAGUGAUCACCCCCUCCAGAUUCCCAUCAUCGUCCACGACAUAAAUCCGAUGGAUCUUCUUGGAGUCGAGCAUCGCAAUUACUUCUUUUAUUGUGUUCUCUCUUUUGCACGUCACCAUGCCGUUCAAUAAUGGUGAUGGCUCUUUAUGCUCCUCGAGGUAGCUUCUAACUGCCGUCAGGAAAUUCUUUGCCGUGAUAGAUCUGUAAUAACAUACUGUAAAAGUGACUCUGGAGCUAAUGGAAUCGCCUAAGAGUGGUAAUUAACAGUUACAGGGCAAGCAGAUUGCUACAUUGUCUAA